CAUGAAUUGUUUACGUUUAAAUCGUGUGUAAAUAAUCAAAACGACGCUUUAAAUAAUGGACUUUUAUUGAUAGAUUUGUAAAUGAAUAAUUUAACAGAAUGAUACGUAGAUAACCCAUUGUCGGCGGUAAUAAAAAUGUGAAUUUGUGGAAUAACAUCGAAACAAGUAACGAAUACAACUUGUGUUAUUCGGAUUCCAUCAGCUGUAAUGUAAAUAAGAAAACAUGAAUGGAGAAGUUAAUGGAACCAUGGGAGCAUCCACUGUGGCAUCUGAUAAUCCACCAGUAAAUAAUAAGAUAGUUGCCUCCGAGGAAUACAAUUCUAAUGAAAGCACUAAAAGUCAUUGUGACAACAGCAACAACUCUGAAAAAAGUAAUCCUUUGAAUGAGUCUACAGGGAGUUCUACAACAAAGAGUAAUGGAGAAUUAAUUGAUAGUAAACAGAAUUAUGGGGACAAUUCAUUUGAUAGCUGUAACAUAGAUCAGAAAGACAGCAAAGAUCCAUUGAGCAACCAUUGCAACAAUAGCAAUGAAUCAUGUUCCAAUUCUUCACAAAGCUCUUCAAAAAACAAAGACAAAUUUAAAAGUAAAGAUGCUCAAUCAGAUGCGCAAAACAAACAGACUUGUGAUAAGACUGACACUAAUAGAACUGGGGAUUCUGGUGGGGAAGAGUUUAAAGAGGAGUCAUCUGAUGGGGAAGGCUCGGUGUUAUCAGCAGGAGAGGGCGAAUCUGUAUUGGAGGCGGAUACUGUCAGUAUCAAUUCUGACUCAGAGCCUGAUUAUGUAGAUGAAUCUUUAGAAGGAAGUAAAGGGAAUAAUAGUUAUAAUAAUAUUAUUAUUGUUGAAAACGAUGAUAGAAAUGGAAGUCAAAAUGGAAAAUCUGUAAGUUCUGGUAGUCCUGAUGUACAGGAAAUAUUAAGUGACAAUGAUGAUUGUGUUGUGACUGAUGAAAAGUCAAACUCAAGCAUUAGUGAAAAUAAGAUUCCACUACGUCGUAGUAAUAGAGCUAUCAAACGUAAGAAGUACAAUGACCUUGUUAAUGGUGAUGAUGAAUCUGAUGUUGAAGAGAUAGAAAUGGAUGACCCUCUUGGUACCAAAUCAAAAUCGAUUGUUAUCAAUGAUGCAAAAAAAUUGGUUGAGAUGGCUGCAAAUAAAAAGAAAUUGAACCAAGGCAACCAGAAUAAAGAACUUACAGUAGUAAUUAUUGACAGCAAUAACGCUAAAGCAUCACCAUCACAGCCUAAAGCAGCACCUGUUCAUUUAAGUGCCAAUGCUCAAAGUUUGUAUCAAAGUAUUGUUGCUUGUGGCACCACUGUGACACCAGUAAAAGCCAAUUCAUCGUCUCAAAACUGUCCUGCAACUCCGCAAGCCUCUAUCCUACUUCCCUCACUAACAGAUGACAUGUUUGUGGUUGAAGCACCUUCAUUUAUAGUACCUUAUGUGUAUGAAAAACCUUCAGUGAAGCCAUUUAGAGAAUUUGUAGAUAUUUUAGGAAAACAGUUAGAGGAGCAAAAGGCCAAGGCAGAAAAAGAGAAGCAAGAAAGAGAAAAAGAAGAGUCAGAUAAGCGAGACAAAGAUAAGAAGGAAAGGAGGGAAAGAGGAGAGGAAGUUUCUGAAGAUGAUGUCACUAUAACAGCAGAAACAGAAAAUCUGGAAAAGAAGCAAAAAAAGGCUGAGAGAAAAGAACGAAAAAGGCGACGGAAUGACGACGACGAUGCUUCUUGGGAUGGUGAAUCGUCUAGUGAUUCUGAAGAUGAAAUCCUUAGUGAUGAGGACACUGUUGUCCUCAAAGACAAAGAAGACUCUAUUGAGGACAUAAAAGAAGUCACUGAUUUGACCGCUGACAAAGUUGGUGGUGUAAAAACAGAUAAUUAUUUUGAUUGCUCACUUGGAAAAUUUUUCGUAACUAUAGGCUUAAAUCUUGUCCAAGAAUAUGUACAAAAUGAUUUACUGAAACAGCAAACUCGUAAGCUAAACAGAGAGAAAAAGACAGGCAAUAGCACAAAAGCUACACAGAGCUCUAUAGCUUCCCUUAUCAAAAAUUUAGAAUUUAGCAAAGAGAAUAAUGCACCUUACCAUUUUCCUCAAACAAAGUGUGAAUUUUGUUCUUUUAAAUCUGAAUCAACAUUAGCUAUGCAACAUCACUUAGAAACUCCUCACAUGAAAAAUAAUCUGUACAAAUGCAAUUUCUGUUUACCCUUUGUACACAAACAACCUCAUGAAAUUUUAUUGCACAUGCAAGAAGAACAUCAAGUUAGGGGUAGGCUUGAGAGAGCUCCUUCUUAUCACCAGUGCCCUAACUGUCCAUUUGAAGAAAAUGGUAAAGGCAAGUUUGCUCGUCAUCAAAUUGCAUGUGCAAAGAAAUUUAAACCAGAAGCAAACUUGGCACCACCCUUGGAGUGGGAGCCUCCUGCGAAGAUACCAAAGAUAUCAAAGGCACGUAAUAUGGUGAACUCUUACCAGAGUCCAGUAAAUCGUCAAUUGAACAUGAACAGACCAAUAUCGAUCGCAAACAUGAUGCCGGGAGCAAGCGGCGGAUUUCGGCCACGUGGCCGCUCUCCGAUGGCAGCUACUCCACGCGCUGCGCCUGUGCAUGGCACACCUAUUAUGCGCGGUGGCCUCAUGAUUCGACACAAUUCUCCAUCUUCUACACUGUUACCCAAUAACUAUCCAGUUUCCAAUAAUGGAAAGACAAAGUCUCAGCCUUCUAUUUCUAUCACGCCCCUACCUCGGCAGGCGGCGCCUGCCAUUCAGCAGACCACCCCUCCUGGAAAGAGCACGUUUGUCAUUUGCGAAAUUUGUGAUGGGUACAUCAAAGACUUAGAGCAACUUAGGAACCACAUGCAAUGGAUACAUAAAGUGAAAAUACAUCCCAAAAUGAUCUACAAUCGACCACCAUUGAAUUGCCAAAAAUGUCAAUUUAGGUUCUUCACUGACCAGGGUCUUGAGAGACACUUGUUGGGUUCCCAUGGCUUAGUUACCAGUUCAAUGCAGGAAGCUGCAAACAAAGGCAAAGAUGCUGGCAGGUGCCCAGUCUGUGGCAGGGUGUACCAAUGGAAAUUACUUAACCAUGUUGCGCGAGAUCACGAUUUAACUUUGAAACCAGCACACCUCUCGUACAAAUGCACUGUGUGCACAGCUACGUUUGGAAUGUACAAGCAGUUUGAGAACCACGUCUAUUCGGCCCACAGCGUGGUGGCUAAACGAGUUAUGGAUAAGAACAAGUCUAGCACAUUAUCAAAGCCGGCCAAUGAAUCUACGACCAAGCCCCUCAAAAUUAAUGAUGAGAUUACUAUCAUACCUCAGCCGACAAAAUCUGCCGCAUCCACUAAUAUAUAAGAACGUGGACAUCAGGAGGCGCAGUUUGACGCCGUCGCCACACAUGCCGCAAUACGCUGCGGCUCCGUAGUGCCUAGCUUUUCGCCCUUUAAAUUAGUGUACAUUCCAAUAUAUUGCACAACUUCUACCGCUAACAUUAUACUUAUUCAAAUAUACUCUA